AUGAUGCAGUUGCUACUGGCCCUGGUAGGGGCCCUAGCCACAUUCAUCCUCACCCAACCCUCUGAGGGCACUGCCCCAGCUUCCCCCAGUCAAGUGGAGAAUUCAGUCCUUCGCGACUGCAUAGCAGAGGCCAAGUUGCUGGUGGAUGCUGCCUAUAACUGGACACAGAAGAGUAUCAAGCAGCGCCUUCGCAGCGGCUCGGCCAGCCCCAUGGACCUCCUGGCCUACUUCAAGCAGCCAGUAGCAGCCACCAGAAGAGUUGUUCAGGCUGCUGAUUACAUGCACGUGGCCUUAGGACUGCUAGAAGAGAAGCUGCAGUCCCCGGGAUCCAGACCCUUCAAUGUCUCUGAUGUGCUCACAGAACCGCAGUUGCACCUGCUGUCCCAGGCCAGCGGCUGCGCGCUCCAGGACCAGGUGGAGAGGUGCAGCAACAAGUACCGCACCAUCACAGGAAGAUGCAACAACAAGAGGAGACCCUGGCUGGGAGCCUCUAACCAGGCCCUGGCCCGCUGGUUGCCAGCUGAGUAUGAAGACAACAGGUCGCUCCCUUUCGGCUGGACCCCCGGCAAGAGGCGCAAUGGCUUCCUCCUUCCUCUUGUCCGGGCUGUCUCCAAUCAGAUUGUGCGCUUCCCCAACAAGAAGCUGACCUCAGACCAGGGCCGGUCCCUCAUGUUCAUGCAGUGGGGCCAGUUUAUCGACCAUGACUUGGACUUCUCCCCAGAGUCCCCAGCCAGGGUGGCCUUCACUGUGGGUGUGGACUGUGAGAAGACCUGUGCCCAGCUGCCUCCUUGCUUCCCCAUCAAGAUUCCACCCAAUGACCCCCGCAUCAAGAACCAGCGUGACUGCAUCCCAUUCUUCCGCUCUGCACCGGCGUGCCCCCAAAACAAGAACAAAGUUCGCAACCAGAUCAACGCACUCACAUCCUUCGUGGAUGCCAGCAUGGUGUACGGCAGCGAGGUCUCCCUCGCCCUUAGGCUUCGCAAUCGGACCAACUACUGGGGACUGCUGGCCACCAACCAGCGUUUCCAGGACAACGGCCGAGCCCUACUGCCCUUCGACAACCUGCACGAGGACCCCUGUCUCCUCACCAACCGCGCUGUGCGCAUCCCCUGCUUCCUGGCAGGUGACACCCGGUCAAGUGAAACCCCCAAGCUGGCGUCCUUGCACACCCUCUUUGUGAGAGAACACAAUCGACUGGCCACGGAACUGAGGCGUCUGAACCCCCGCUGGAGUGGGGACAAGCUGUACAAUGAGGCCCGGAAGAUCGUGGGUGCCAUGGUCCAGAUUAUCACCUACCGAGACUUUCUGCCUCUGGUGCUGGGCAAGGCCCGGAUCAGAAGAACCUUGGGUCCCUACAGAGGGUAUUGCUCCAACGUGGACCCACGUGUAGCCAAUGUUUUCACCCUGGCCUUCCGUUUUGGCCACACCAUGCUGCAGCCCUUCAUGUUCCGCUUGGACAGCCAGUAUCGGGCCUCACGAUCCAACUCCCAUGUUCCACUUAGCUCUGCUUUCUUUGCCAGCUGGCGAAUCAUACAUGAAGGUGGCAUCGACCCUAUCCUCCGAGGUCUCAUGGCCACCCCAGCUAAGCUAAACCGGCAAGAUUCCAUGGUGGUAGAUGAGCUCCGGGACAAGCUGUUCCGGCAAGUGAGAAGGAUCGGGCUGGACCUGGCGGCUCUGAACAUGCAGCGCAGUCGGGACCACGGACUUCCUGGAUACAAUGCCUGGCGGCGCUUCUGUGGGCUUUCCCAGCCCCGAAAUUUGGCCCAGCUUAGCCAGGUGCUAAGAAAUCAGGCUUUGGCAAGGAAAUUCCUGAGACUGUAUGGGACACCUGACAACAUUGACAUCUGGAUGGGGGCCAUUGCGGAGCCUCUUCUGCCCGGGGCCCGAGUAGGGCCUCUCCUGGCUUGUCUUUUUGAGAACCAGUUCAGAAGAGCCAGAGAUGGGGACAGGUUCUGGUGGGAGAAAUGGGGCGUGUUCACCAGAAGACAGCGCAAAGCCCUGAGACGAGUUUCUUUAUCUCGGAUUAUAUGCGACAACACUGGUAUCACCACUGUUGCGAAGGACAUCUUCAGGGCUAACAUCUACCCAAGGGGCUUUGUGAGCUGUAGCCGUGUUCCCAAGUUGAACCUGUUGGCCUGGCGAGGCAGAUGA